AUCCCAUCCCAUCCCAUCCCAUCCCAUCCCAUCCCAUCCCAUCCCAUCCCAUCUCCGUGAGCGCGCUGGCAGCCGGACAUGGCCGACGGCUUGAGGAAACUGGUCAACGCCGACAGCGGCCGGGUGCUGCAGCAGAAGCUGGAGAGCUGGUACCGGGACUACGAGAUUAAUUCCUGUGAUCAGAAUCUGAACCGAUGCUGUGAAAUAAUAGAACUGAACUCUGAGAUUCAAGGGCAGCUCUUCACAAUCCUCAAUGAAACAUCUCGACAAGGUGGGCACUAUGCAGGUGUGGAAACAAUAAAAUCUCGUCUCCUGCCAUGGCUAGGGACUUCCUCUGGUACUUCAGGAAGGCUUUUUGAAACCAGCACCUCUUUCACUCAGGAGAAAGAGAAGCAGCUGAGAGAGCUGAGUAUCAAUCAGACUUUUCAACUGCAAGACCUGCAGGAAGAACUGACUUCAACUCGCCUACAGCUCAACCGCUUGCAACAAGAGCUUAUACGGAGCCGCUCUCCUUCCCCAAGGCUCACCAGGAGCAAGUCACCAAUUCCACUCCGCCUGAGGAGCCGGUCACCGGGCCGCGCCAGGCGCACAAACGCUUCCCGCCGCAGCUGCCUCGUUGCUCGCUUUGGGGACAUCUAUGCUGAGGAACGCCUGGAUGCAGAGACCCUUCUGAGGACAUACAUCAGUGACAUAGAGAUGGUGCAGAGGAUCAUAUACAUUGCAGCUGUGGAGUCAUUUCGUGCAGCAAAGAUGGCCUACAGGCAAUUCAAAAUACGUGUCAGAGACACUCUGUCUCUAGGUCACUCAGGGCCUGAGUCACUUGAAGAUGCUGUCCUGGAUUAUAUAGUUCGCCAUGAGGAUCUCUAUGAUGUUCAAGGCAGUGUCAAUGAAGUAAUUCGCUCCAUGAACAUCAACCCAAAGAUUUCAUUUCCACCAGAAAUUGAUUUCAUUGUGAUCAGCAAUUUGAUUCGAGAGCUGUGCCGUGUGGCUUUUUCAAUGCAGACACUCAAUCCUCCUCUUGAUAUUGCCUUUGGUACUGAUGGAGAGCUUUUCAGUGAGACCAAGUACCAUCGUAGUUCUGACUCUGAUUUCACAGCUGUGUUGGUGGCAUAUCAUGUAUGGCCUGCUCUUAUGGAAAAUGAUAUUGUAAUUUUGAAAGGAAAGGCAGUUACAAAAAGGGGAGCUCUGUGGUCCUGCAGAAGUAGAAGUAGAAGUAGGAGUAGAAGUAGAAGCAGAGGCAGAAGCCGCACCCGUAGCAGCAGUCCUCUUCGAACCCAUCAUCAUUUGUUUCGAAGCUGCAGUCCUUCACCACUGAGGAGUGGAAGCCCAAGGCGUUAACUGAGCAUGUUCCUGUAAUUCCAUACACAAGGAUCCAACAACUUCACUGGUGCCUUUUCUCCUCAGGAAUACCUCAA